UUCAUCUACCGUCUUUUCAUCCAUUACCCUCCCGCCCCAACCACCUCCUUCAAGGGCAAAACGGCCGUCGUCACCGGCGCCAACGUAGGCCUAGGUAAAGAAGCCGUCCGCUGGAUGGUCCACCUCGGCGCCUCCCAAGUAAUCAUAGCCUGCCGUAACCUCGAAAAAGGCAAAGCCGCCGCGGAGGAUAUCCGCGCCACCACCUCGUGUUCCCCUAACACUCUCCAGGUUUGGCAACUUGACAUGAGCUCGUACGACUCGGUCACAUCCUUCGCCGAACGAGUCAAAGCCGAACUCCCCCUUCUUGACGUCCUAGUCCUCAAUGCAGGGAUAUUCGCGGGCAGAUUCCGCACGUCGGAGGAUAAUGAGGAGACCAUCACGACCAACUUCGUUUCGACAGCCUUGCUGGCGUGUUUGUUGCACCCCAAGCUUCGCGAGACGGCAAAGCUACGUAAGACGCACACGCACAUUACUGUCACUGCUUCGGAGCUUUACGAACUCGCCAAUUUCAAAGAGCGUGCCGCGCCUGAAGGACAGCUCUUUGCUUGGCUCGCCAACAAGGGCAAUUUCUCAAUGGGCGAUCGGUACAGCACCUCGAAGCUGCUCAUCAUGCUCGUCAUCCGGCAGAUUGCCGCCAUGGCCCCUGUUGAGUCGAGUGGGGUUAUAGUGAACUGUGUCGCUCCUGGAUACUGCCAGACUGAUCUCGGUGCCCAAGACACGGGAAAUAUACCUCUAAUCCGCGCCUUUAAGAAGAUACUCGGUCGCCCGGCCUAUGUCGGGGCCCGCACACUCGCCUACGGUGCCAGUGCUGCAGAAGACACACAUGGGCAAUACCUGCCUGAUUGCGUAAUCACGCCUAUGAGAGGACUUGUGAAGGGUGAGGCGGGGGCGACGUUGCAAGGUCGGGUUUGGGGCGAAUUGAGGCUCAAGUUGGAGGCUAUUCGGCGGGGGUUA